CUUACAGUCUAUGUAUUUUUGUAUGGGAGGUUAUAUCUCGUCUUGAGUGGUCUGGAAAAGUCUAUUUUGCUGGAUCCACGUAUUCAGGAGAAUAUCGAGCCUCUUCAAAAUGUGCUCGCUUCACAGUCAGUUUUCCAGCUUGGUUUGCUGCUUGUCCUCCCAAUGGUCGUGGAAGUGGGCUUAGAGAAGGGAUUUCGCACAGCAUUAGGAGAGUUCAUCAUCAUGCAGCUUCAGCUGGCCUCUGUGUUCUUCACAUUCCAGCUUGGCACCAAAACACACUACUACGGGCGGACAAUUCUCCAUGGUGGCGCCAAAUACAUACCUACAGGACGUGGGUUUGUUGUGUACCAUGCAAAGUUUGCUGAAAAUUAUCGCAUGUACUCCCGAAGCCACUUUGUUAAAGGACUUGAGCUGUUAAUACUUCUGGUUGUAUAUCUAGCCUAUGGAAGGUCGUACCGCACCAACUCGAGCUUGUACCUAUUUGUCACCUUCUCCAUAUGGUUCAUGGUGGCAUCUUGGCUGUUUGCACCAUUUAUCUUCAAUCCAUCAUGCUUUGAGUGGCAGAAGACGGUUGAUGACUGGACAGAUUGGAGGAAGUGGAUGGGUAACCGUGGGGGUAUCGGUAUGUCUGGAGAUCAAAGCUGGGAGGCUUGGUGGAGAAGUGAGCAGGCGCACCUCAGGAAAACCAGUGUUCGUGCUCUCAUCUUGGAAAUCCUCAUGUCUCUUCGUUUCUUGAUCUACCAGUAUGGUAUUGUGUAUCAUCUCAAAAUUGCACGCCACAACACAAGCAUUCUGGUGUAUGGGUUGUCAUGGCUGGUUAUGCUGACGGUUCUAAUAGUAUUGAAGAUGGUUUCCAUAGGACGGCAGAAAUUUGGGACAGAUCUUCAGCUUAUGUUCCGCAUCAUCAAGGGCAUUCUCUUUCUUGGCUUUGUCACUGUGAUGGCGGUCCUAUUUGCUAUAGGCGGCCUAACAAUUACUGAUGUAUUGGCUUGUACUCUCGGGUUCCUACCAACUGGUUGGUGUAUUCUUCUG